UUUUGUGAAAAUCCGUUCUGGAAAACAGCAAGACCAGUGGGGUCUAUAUAACCAUUUACUUAAGAAUUAUAGCCUCUAGUAUCGUAAAUCGUUCAAGUCGUUAAAUUUAUUUUUGGAAAUAUAUAAAAGCAAAAGAAGAUCUGGUUCAGGCAGUAGGCGUAUACUCCCCCAACACUAGCUUUGUCAUUUUUUUGUUUCGAUUCUGCAAUACCUAGUCCGCCAAAAUGUCUGCUGAUGAACUCCCACCAGAACAAAUCGCCGUACUCCGCAAAGCUUUUGAAGCUUUCGACAGCCAAAAAUCAGGAAGCAUUCCAUGUGAUAUGGUAGCCGACAUCCUUCGUCUUAUGGGUCAACCCUUCGACAAGAAAAUCUUAGAAGAACUCAUUGAAGAAGUAGAUGCUGAUAAAUCCGGUCGUCUCGAAUUCGAAGAAUUCGUUACAUUGGCUGCCAAAUUCAUCGUUGAAGAAGAUGAUGAAGCUAUGCAAAAAGAACUUAAAGAAGCCUUCAGGUUAUAUGAUAAAGACGGAAAUGGCUACAUCCCAACCACCUGCCUCAAAGAAAUCUUAAGAGAAUUAGAUGACCAGCUCACAGACAAAGAAUUAGAUAUGAUGAUCGAAGAAAUCGACACAGACGGUUCCGGAACCGUAGAUUUCGAUGAAUUCAUGGAGAUGAUGACUGGAGAAUAAACAUAAUUACUUGUUUAUACCUUUAUAAAUGUCUAAUAAAUAAGAACACAUUUUUUGUUACCGAUCUUUUUAUUUAUAUAACUGUAAUCAUAACUCUAGUUCGAGUUACAUGAAAAAUAUUUAUUUUAGUUACAUGCUAUUUACAUAAUAUUUAAUAAAUAUAAUGUAAAAUUUUAA